UUGGCAGGAAGUCAGUUAAUUAAAUGACCAUUUAUUGAUAUCACAUCUAUGUGAUAUAAAAGCCUAAUUACACGCUGAAAUAGUCUUGACUCUUGAGCAGAGCAGUUUCGCUGUACGCUGCGUAAGUACACGGUACACUGUGUAAGUACACGGUACACUGUGGCAUUACUACUUACGCAGCAGUAUACAGUAUGAAUACUCCUUCCAGCACUGGGUGCUAUAAAGACGUCUCAUGGUGAGCGAUCUGACGGGGUCUGACAUUUUUCUCGCAGGCACGACGUUAAGUUUCACUCUUCAGUUGACAUGCUAGUCGUCUGUACGGAACUGGUCCACCCGGUGACCUUCAGGCUGCACCUGUCACAGCAUUUCAGAAACUCCAAGAGUCUAACUCCUCUCCUUCCAAGGACCCAGUGCAUGAAGAGCACACUAAUUAUAAAAUAUGUCAAAAUGAAUCGUGACUCAGAAUAAUUGCCGGAGACGACCGACAUCAUCCUCUUCAGUUGUGCGUAAAAGCUCUUGUGCGCAAAAAGGAUGGUUAAGAGACCCCCGUGGCGCAGAGGUGCAUCAGAACGGAAGACGCGGCGUUAUCUGUUACCUUUCAGCGUUAAAAUAAUCCAGCAGCGACGUGCAGACUACCUGCACACACUUGAGCUGCUUCUGACAAAUGUUUUCUGUCAAGAAGUGGAUGCUGACAGCUGGAGAGAAGGCAUCCAAGAGAACGAAAGGCCAAACUGUGAAGUAAUUCAAGAUAUAUUAGUGAGGAUGACCGGAAAACCAGGACUUGGCCGGCAUCUCGCGCUCAUGGGGAACAAAGCCUCCGCAAAAUCGCAGACAGCACGUAAACGGCACAAGUUUCACACUUUUGUGGGCCUUAUGGGCAAAAGAAGCUUUGGAAAUCGAGGAGCCCCGUGAGCCGCACAGACGACUGAGGAUCUGCGUGCGUUUGUUUCUUACUUUCGUCCAUUGGAAGCUGAAUGUAGUUUUUAUUUUGGGUCAGUUUGUCAUUGAUUCAUUAAAAAAAAGGUGACAUUUAAAAUUCAACUUUAUCACUGCUGCCAGUGCUGAGAAGCU